UUGAUACGUUCAUCAUGAUAUUCAUCAUCAUCAAAUUGGGACGUUCUUCUCAGGAAGGUCCAAAAAGUCAGUGCAGCGAAACGGACGAUUCGAAGAAAACCCUUUUCAUCUCUCUCUACCAUAAUCCUCAUCUUCCUCUUCCUCGUCAGUGACAUUCUACCUGACGAUCUUCUCAGUUUGAUCUUUUAUGAAUGGAAAUUUUUUAGGCAGAACUCGGAUUCACGGAAAAAAUCUGAUUGCGGAGGAAUAAAAAAGACAACAUUUUUAUCCCUAAACGAGUGAUUAUGGCUGUUGCUGAUAAUGUUGGGGCCAAAAUCGGUUCUUCCAGUCAAAAUUUGGACAACAGUGUCGUGUCAUCGGACUCAGGCGAGGUUGAGAAAUCGAAACCUAGAACUGGGUCCAUCAGCGGCGAUCAGAAGCUGAACAACGGUGUAUUCAACCACCAAGAUAGAGUUCCUAGCACUAUGACAGUGCCCAAUAGCAAUUAUAACUACACGGUACAAAUGGGUCAGAUGCACUCAAAUGGGGUGAACAAUGAUGGCUAUGGGAUGAAUGGGGAGAGGAGUGGUGAGAAUGGGAGUGAGAGUUUCAAGCGAGAUAUGAGGGAUUUGGAGGAACUUUUGUCAAAGUUGAAUCCCAUGGCCGAGGAAUUUGUGCCUCCAUCAUUAACCAAUACUCAUGGUUACCUAGCUGGACCUGGUGCUGGUGGUGCUGGGUUUGGUUACCCUAAUAAUUUUAUAUUGCUCAAUAGUUUUGGUAAUGCUAACGGUCAAACUAACAGAAGGAGGAAGAAUGGCUAUAAUCAUGGGAAGCGAAGAGUGAAUCAUAAAAUAGAUAUGGAGAAAAGAGAAGAGAUGAUUAGGAGGACUGUUUAUGUGUCUGACAUUGAUCAACUGGUCACCGAAGAGCAGCUGGCUGCGCUCUUUCUUAACUGUGGCCAGGUUGUUGAUUGCCGUGUAUGUGGGGAUCCUAAUUCUAUUCUUCGGUUUGCCUUUAUUGAGUUUACAGAUGAAGAAGGUGCAAGGGCUGCUUUGAACCUGUCUGGAACCAUGCUUGGAUAUUAUCCGUUGAGAGUGCUACCUUCAAAAACUGCUAUUGCACCUGUUAAUCCAACAUUUUUGCCCAGGUCUGAAGAUGAAAGGGAGAUGUGUUCAAGAACAAUUUAUUGCACAAAUAUCGAUAAGAAGCUUACUCAAGCUGAUGUCAAACACUUCUUUGAAUCAAUUUGUGGAGAGGUUCAACGGUUGAGGCUUCUUGGGGAUUACCAUCAUUCAACCCGAAUUGCUUUUGUUGAGUUCACACUGGCUGAGAGUGCAAUUGCAGCUCUAAGCUGUAGUGGGGUGAUUUUGGGUUCACUGCCCAUAAGGGUAAGUCCAUCAAAGACACCAGUUCGGUCGCGUGCUCCUCGUACUUCUAUGCACUGAAUCAACUCUCCAUGUUUCUGGGGUUGAUUGCUGCUCUGAGAUAUAUUUACAUAUAUACAUACAUAGAAACAGAUAUGUUCUAAGGAACAUGUGGCAUUUAGUUGGUACUUUUGUUCUCGUGUCUUGCAGUAUGGUUAACUUUGCUUCCCCUUGGGGAUUAUGGGUUCUUUGUUUAGCUUGUAGAGUCGGAUCGAACUUCGAGGAUCUUGAUGGCUUAAUUUAUGAUGCACCAUGUGAUGUGUUGAUCUUGCAAGGAGAGAAUUUUAUGGUUGGAUGUUUCUAACAUCCGGAAUUUAUUUUAAGAAACAUGUUACAAAGCCUUCGUUAGUCAUGAUCAUGGAUAUUUGUUUUGAUCUUUCUCGUAUUCCAUAUGGAAUAGUGGCUGACUCUGUUAGUGUUACGUGUA